AUGGGACGAGGGUACGUUGAUCGCGAUGAUUUUUUUACGAUCCCAGAGCUCACAGCAAAUCCCCUAGGUGACAGAAUUAUUGAUGCAUUCUUUGCAGAAAAGAGCGAAGCUGAAAAACAGCUAACAUUCCGUGAAUUUAUUCAAGUUUUAGCACACUUUAGACCAUGCACUGGAGAUAACAACAGUGAUGCCAUUAAUGGCCGUACAGAAAAAUUAAAAUUUGCCUUUGCCAUGUAUGACUUGAACAAAAAUGGAUAUAUUACACGAAAUGAAUUCAAAAUAAUUUUAAAUAUGAUGAUUGGUUCAAAUAUAACAUCUGAACAGCUUGAGAUGAUAACGGAUCGAACGAUCAAGGAAGGAGACUACGAAAAGAAUGGCAAAAUUUCAUUUCAAGAAUUUGCCCGAGCAAUGGAUAGUGUAAAUGUGGAACGACUGAUGUCAAUUCGUUUCUUGGACUAG